UCAACCCCCCAUUAGCCUUCCGCGGGGCCGCCAUUGCCAUCCUUAACUGCAACGUCGUCUCGCUCAUCUUAACCUCUUUAAUGCUGCUAAUACGAUCCUUUCGAUUUUAAACCAAAUUAAAUCGGAGUGGUUACCAAUUUGCUCACUCUAAUGGCGAUUGCAAGAACAGGAGUCUUCGUCGAUGAUUAUUUAGAGUAUGCAAACACUUUGCCUGCUGAACUUCAGAGGCUACUCAAUACCAUUAGAGAACUCGACGAGCGUUCCCAAGCGAUGAUAAAUCAGGCAAGUCAGCAAACGAAGUUGUGUCUAGGAAUGGCAUCGCAUAGGAAUCAUGAUAGUUACCGUGAUCAAGAUAAUGAUGAGGCAUUCGAGAAAAUGAAAAAGGAGAUUGAGGCCACUCAAGAAAACACCUUAAGCCUGUGUACUGAGAAGGUUUUAUUGGCCAGACAAGCGCAUGAUCUUAUAGACAGCCACAUAAAACGUCUUGAUGAGGAUCUGAACAACUUUGCUGAAGAUCUUAAGCAAGAGGGAAAAUUAGCAGCAGAUGAGCCAGCUAUUCUUCCAACGUUACCGUUGGUCCCUAAAAACGAAAAGCGUAAACCAAUUUAUGGAACACCUCAGUCUAAGAAGCUUGAUUACAGGGACAGAGAUUGGGACCGGGAGCGUGAUAGAGACUUUGAACUGAUGCCUCCUCCUGGGAGUGGUAAUAAAAAGGAUUUUACUGCACCUGUUGAUGUUGAUCAGCCAAUUGAUCCUAAUGAGCCUACCUACUGUGUCUGCAAUCAGGUGUCAUUCGGGGAUAUGAUUGCUUGCGACAAUGAAAAUUGCCAAGGCGGUGAAUGGUUCCAUUACUCUUGUGUUGGUUUGACACCAGAGACAAGAUUCAGAGGAAAGUGGUAUUGUCCCACCUGCAGACAAUUGCCACACUAAUUUCAUGUAAUGAAUUUGAUCUCUAGCAGCAAGGCAGCAUGUUCAUUAUAUCUAUGACUAAUUUUGAUGGAGUACCGCCGUAACUUUUAGAAAUGCUGAAAUUCUGUGCGUGUGUGCGCUUUUUUUUUUAUUAGAUGUGUGCGUGCAGUCUUGUGUGUUCACAUGCGUGAUGUGUCUUUAGACUUAUCCAGAAUGUCCGUCAUACAGGUAGCCCUAUUGUAACGUUAUCAAUCGUUUCAAGUUGGAUAGUUUCAAGAUGGCAGGCCUAUUUGCCCAUGAUUCUCAGCGUUUAGUUGGAUAAACCAUUGAACUUUUA